GGCUGCCGGGCGUGUGAGCGGCCUUAGCCCAGGAGGCGGCGGCGCCGGAUUGGUCUCCUUGACUCAGAUUGUAUUCCUCUUGCAAAAACUGGCUCAGAAGUUCACCAACACAACAAAGCCGAGUUUAUUGCUUCCUCGGGCAAGAACACUACUCGGCCAACACUUGGGCAGUGUCUCAGAGAGGAGAAGGAAUCUUCAAAAAUCCACCCCAACGCCUUGGCCACAGGAGCCAAUGACGCUGCCCAAACCCGGGAUCUAUUACUUCCCCUGGGAGGUCAGUGCGGGCCAGGCUCCUGACGGGGGCGCACUGCGGACGUUCGGCAGGUUGAGCCUCUACGACAUGACCGAGUCCCGAGCGACCCUGACAGCUCAGCACGCGUCUGAGCAGCACCAGGUCCUCGUCUGUACCAAGUUGGUGGAGCCGUUCCAGGCCCAGGUGGGCUCCCUGUACCUGGUCCUUGGGGAGCUCGAGCAGCAGAAGGCUGACGCCGCGUCCUCCUCCACGGGUCCUCCUGUCCGGUCCUCCAGGACCUUUGCUCUUCCACCUUCCAGCCUCCUUUCCCUGCUCUCGCCUUCGCCGGGACCUGCCUGACACCUGGCUUGUUCCCAGGGCCGCAGUCUCCCCCCUCCCCCCACAGGGAGGCCUGGUCAGUGUCCCCACCCCACACACCGCAGAGGCGGGGCCGCACCCUGCUGGCUCCCCGGGUACCAGUUCUGCCACCCUGUGACCUGUCUGCCUGACACCCCCGGCUCCUCCCAGCGUGGCGCCACCUCUGCCACCUGAAACCACUCGUCCAGUCCACCCUCUGUGUCUCUCUGCCCUCCCCCGUCAGCCCCGGGGACUUUGGACUCCUCCCUUUCCUUCCAUCUUCUCUCUCCUGUAGCCUUUCCUCCCCUAACGCCAGACCUCACUAUCAUUUCAACUACAUUCCUGCAGACCGUCAGCCCUCGCCUUCUCUCCUCCUGCCUGAUUAAACCCCGGCCUCCACCCUCUCGGUCCCACCCACUGUGGGUGGGAAGGUCACGCAGCCCGGGAUUCCUAGCACAAAGGUUUCAAGGUCCCUCAUCUCACUGGGCUCCUCCACGCUGCCUAGACCCUCCCACGUCCCGAUCAAUCCCUGUCCCACAGCCCUCAGGGCUGUUUCAGGCGGGCAGUUACCAAGACACCCACUUCAUCACCUCCCUGCCCCUUUCGGCAAACCCCCUCACCUCUUACAUCCCCGGAGAACCUGGGCCACAGCAGCCGUCCAUCCUCCUAAAACCACCUGCACCCACAGCCGUGUAGCGCCUUCCCUCCAGGCUGCGCCGUGGUCCUGGCCUGCCCUCCGCAGGGACGCUGCUCUCGCAGCCGAGCCCUUCACCUGUCCCCACGGGUUCUCCCCUCGCGGUAUUUAAAGCACCGGAGCCUCUUCCAUGUUAAAGUAAUGAUGGUAAUUGGCGGUGGUGCCGGGCGGCCGAGGGAGGCCCCAGCCCCCUCCCAGUCCUUGUCACAGCCCGAGAAGGAAUUCAGGGGCAGACAGACAGACUUAGCAAAGCACAGGAAGCUCCGUAGAGCCAGUGCCCACCGAGAGGUGAGAGCCGGCGGCCUCAGAGAGCCAGGCGUGCCUCGGGUCUGGGUGGGAGGUUUUUAUUAAAUGUGGGCAAGGGGGGCAUGGGGUGGUCCUCUGCCUCUGACGUUUGUGGGGCCACUGCCUGUGCCCUGGUCCUUGUCCCUCCUCUGCAGACAUCGGUUUCUCUCCUUGUUUUGUGUGUGCUCUCAGUCACAGGAAAUCGAGGAGGGGGAGCGGUGGGAGGGGGCAGUGGAGGUCGUGUCUGUGAUGUGCCAGCCGAGAAGGAGAGGGGAGGGCAGAGCUCGAGGCCUUUGUUCCCUGCUCUCACUUUCCUGCCUCAGUAAUAACAACAACGACACUGUCAUCUUCUGCUCUCUAUGCCUGCCUAGCUGGGACCCUCUUUCCCUUCACAGUCAGACUUCCUGCGGGAACGUCUGACCUCCAUCCGCCCCUCCCUCAUCUCCUGCUCACACCUCAGUCCCGGGCAUCGAGGCUGCUCUUGCCACUCGGCCCUCCUCCUUGCUCUGGAGUCUUGAUCUUUGCAAGAAGAGAUUCCCCUGCAGGGCUGUUUCUCUGGCUCCUCCCGGGCCUGCAGCGCUUCAAACCCUCUUCCUUUCACCCAUUG